CCACGGCUGCAGCUGCAGGCCGGGAGGAAGGUGGGCUCCGCCUCCCCGGGCCCGGCGCAGCGAGGAGCAGCCCGGCUUGAGAUGACCAGAAGCGCUGCUGUCCAGGACGGCGGCCACCAGGGAGCGGGCCGGGGCCGAGGCUGCUCCUUGAGGAGGGCUCGGUGCCUGCAGCUGUGGUGUUUUUCCUCCACGGGAUCCUGCCUCGUUCAGCGGCCGGUUGGUGCAGAUGAAAAAUACACCAAAUUCUUUCUCAUAAUGAUUUCUCUGGGAAGCAACUGCUAUCAUUACUAUAGGCAGGUUCAAUGGUAAUGAGAGAAGAUCCACACAAUUUCAUAUAGAAGGAGAGGGCAGGAAAACCUCCACCUGGCCUUCAUUUGGAUGUUGUGAAAGGAGACAAACUUAUUGAGGUAUGAAAAUAGAUGCAAAACUGAUCAUUGAUGAGAAGAAGUAUUAUCUGUUUGGGAGAAACCCUGAUCUGUGCGAUUUUACCAUUGAUCACCAGUCCUGCUCUCGGGUCCAUGCUGCUUUGGUCUAUCACAAACAUCUUAAAAGGGUUUUCCUCAUAGAUCUUAACAGCACACAUGGUACAUUCUUGGGUCAUAUACGUUUGGAACCUCACAAACCCCAGCAGAUUCCCAUUGACUCCACGGUUUCAUUUGGUGCCUCUACACGAGCAUACACUCUACGAGAGAAGCCUCAGACACUGCCAUCAGCAGUUAAAGGAGAUGAGAAGAUGGGCGGUGAAGAUGAGGAGCUCAAAGGCUUGCUGGGCCUGCCAGAGGAAGAGACAGAGCUUGAUAACCUGACAGAGUUCAACACAGCCCAUAACAAGAGAAUUUCAACUCUUACCAUAGAAGAAGGGAACUUGGACAUCCAGAGACCAAAGAGAAAACGGAAGAACUCAAGAGUGACAUUCAGUGAUGAUGAUGAGAUAAUCAAUCCGGAGGAUGUGGACCCCUCCGUUGGGCGUUUCAGAAACAUGGUACAGACAGCAGUAGUCCCAGUUAAGAAAAAACGGAUGGAAAACUCGGGCUCACUGACCACAGAUGAAUCUUCAACACGGCGCAUGCAAAACUUCCCCUACAGUGGAGGAUUAUAUGGUGGCUUACCUCCCACCCACAAUGAGGCAGGUUCCCAGUCGCAUGGCGUUCAUGGGACAGCACUGAUUGGAGGCCUGCCCAUGCCGUACCCUAAUCUAGCCCCUGAUGUGGACUUGACUCCCGUUGUGCCAUCAACAGUUAACAUGAACCCUGCCCCGAACCCUGCUGUCUUUAAUCCUGAAGCUGUGAAUGAACCCAAGAAAAAGAAAUAUGCAAAGGAGGCCUGGCCAGGCAAGAAGCCUACCCCUUCUCUACUGAUCUGAGAUGGGCUUCGUUUGGGGGCGGGGGGUGAUGAACUCAAGAAACUGUUUGUGUGCAGUAUCGUCUUUUUUAAAUUUGUGUCCUAACUGCACGUAAUAUCCAGAACGGAAGGGUGAUUUAUCCCUUAAAGAUCUGUCUUCAGAACAUUUUUUAUAUGAAUGUAAAAAUAUAUAUCCCACCUACUUUUGAACCAAAUUGUCUAGCAGCCUUUUCUCUUUGCCAUUAAUUUAGGGAUAAACUUCAGAGUCAAUAAGCCUGGUGAGAAUAAAGGGAUAGUGUCAAGUAAUUUAGGCCUCAGACGUUUAACAUGAUCCUGCAAACACACAAGACUAGGUGUAGUGCUUAUACUGUGAGUAACUUGACUCCAGUUAUAGUAUUCAUAGUAAUUCACACUACUUCAGAAGUCAGUGCUUGCAGGGUCAAGCCUAAAUUCAAUACUUAAUCAGGUCAUUAGGAGUAAAAUUAAACAAUUACUAAAUGUAAUAAGUAGAAUAACUUUCAUUUUUACUUUUACAAAACCUUACGACAGGUUUCUGUUUGAGUGCAAGCAUUCUCUUGUUGUAUUUGCCAUCUUGAACAUGGGCACAUCUAGUGCCCUCACAAGGACUGAAGAUGUGGACAGAAAAGUAAAACUGAAACGAACUAGACAGUUUUCUCUAAACAUUCUGUUAAACCUGAAAAGCAAAUAGCAAAGAAAUGGCAAAUACCAUUGUUGUAACAGCCGUCAUAACACACAUAAGGACAUAUAUGAACCUUUCAACACAAGUAAAAUAUCCUUUUUUGUUUGUCUGUGUCUGGGAGGGGACCCUUUAAACUGACAAUCAUAGAGCAUGAGAGGCAUGACAGAGUUUGUGAAAAAUAGUCAGCAGCAUUGGAUUGUUCUCAUAGUUUCUAUGUCGUCUUUAAUAACUAAAACCAUAUGCAAUUUUCUACAUUGUUGUCCUUUUCCUUGUUAAAAAUGAGGGAUGGGUUGGGGAAAAAAGCUAGAAUAUUUCUAAAGUGAACCCAGUUUUCUGAUGAAAAUUAAGUGCAUCUGAACCAAAUCAGUUUUCCUAGUUUGGGUGUGCGGCACUCCAUGGUUUGAUAUGAGUGUUCUUUCAUUUCAAACAAAGUGGGAAUUUUGAGUUGGAUACUCCCGCUAGCCCCACAAAGCCUAGGUUCCCAAAACUGUAUGAAUGCAUUCGUAUAUUAUUUUGUAUUUUAAAUAUUUGUGGCCAGAGUCUUUGUAUCAUUUAGCAUAGCAUAGCUCAAGUACUUACUCAAAGUACUAUUUGGGGAAUUCCUCCAGGUUAUGUGCACUUAAACAUAACUAUCCUCUCCCAGAAGUCCACCAGUGCAGGUAGCUGCUUGGCAAGCUAGUAUUUUGAAAAUGUAACCGCCAUCAGAGAGACUGUUCUUUAAUGUAUCCCAUCUGGUUGUACACUCUUGUAUUCUUUUGGACGGCUGUUCCAAAAAUCAAUAUGGCUUUUGCUUCUGUAAACUACAGAAUGAAAACUUCUGUCAUGAUAUAUGUAUAAAAAUGAGCUGGUAAUCCAGGAUUGGGUUGAUGUUCCUCUCUGUUCCUCCCUCCCUCUCUCUCUCUGUUCCUCCCUCUCUGCCCCCACCC